AUGCGCCUUGCCUCCUCCUCAUCAGACCCAGAUUAUCAGAAACAGCUUGCAGAGUUUAGCAAGUGGAUCUUAGAUGUUGGAGAAGGGAAGAUACCUUCCGUAGCCAGGGAAGGUGAGACUGAACCUUCAUGGAUUAAGAUACCUACAGAAUUGCUUUUACUAACCGAAGGAGACAAGCUCUCAUGUAUAGUUAAUGCCAUUUAUCCAGAGCUAAAAACACGGUACCAUGAUGCUUCAUAUCUCAGUGAAAGGGCCAUACUCACUCCAACGAAUGAGUUAACUGAUUCCAUAAAUGAUCACAUCGUCUCACAGUUGCCAGGAUCAGAGAGGGAAUAUCUUAGUUCUGAUAGCAUAGCAAAAUCGGUUGGCCCAAAUGAAACCUAUGAUCUGUUAUAUCCUGUUGAAUUUCUAAACUCAAUUAAUGGAAACAACUUUCCUCAGCAUCGGCUGGUACUCAAAAAAGGGGUCCCCGGCCCAAUGCUCCUCCGGAACCUCAACCAAUCGGAUGGUCUUUGCAAUGGCACGAGGUUGAUUAUAGUUUCGUUAGGACAGAUGGUGAUAGAGGCCAAAAUAAUGAUCGGGAACCACUCUGGACAAGAUGUUAUCAUUCCAUGGAUUACUCUCACCUUAAAAAAUAAUAAGUGGCCAUUUGUCCUUCAAAGGCGGCAGUACCCAAUUAAGGUAUGUUAUGGCAUGACGAUUAACAAGAGCCAGGGUCAGACCUUGUCAGCUGUUGGUGUUUACCUCAGGAGGCCUGUUUUUUCACAUGUGGCUGCUGCAAAGCCAACUUACAAGCCCUUCGAUGCCCAGCUCAUGAUAGAAUUCUCAGAAUACACUUCGAUCCGCACAACCCAAAAUCCACCGAACACGUUUCCAGCCUACGUCUACAAACUCACUCCAUUUACCAGAAUAAUUCCUGCAGAUGGCCUAGUUAGUGCAUACACAGAUGUCCUGGGUUACAUUACAAAGUAUACUUCGCUGUCAUCUAUAGUUCCAAGAGGCAAAGAAAGAGGAAGUAUCCUUAGAGAAGUCUUCAUAAAAGAUAUGAGUGACAAUGAACUCAGGAUAACCUUGUGGGGUGACCAGGCAAUAAAUUUCACGGUUGAACAUCUAAACACCCAGGAUAAUCCCAAGGUGGUUGUGGGUCUCUUUGUUGGCUGCAUGCCAAGGAAAUGGUUCAAGGACCAACCCAUUUACAUAGAGCGCCCUCCGCCAUCUGAAGAACAGGGAUGCAAGAAAAAAUCCAAUCCACAGCCUGCUGGUGGGUACAAAUGCACAAAAUGCCAUGGCUCAGCCACCACGCCUAGGUACUUGCUAUCUUUCGUUGCUAGAGACGACACUGCCGAAGCAAACUUCUUUGCAUAUGAUGACAUAGCGAAGCAAAUUAUUCAGAAGGAAUGCAAAUAUGUUCUGAACCCAUUGAACAUAGCAGCUGGUUUGCCUCAGGCCCUCCAGUCCGUUAUUACCAAGAGGUUUAUUUUUUCCGUUGCCCUAACAGAAGACUCAUAUACCUCUAAAGCAAAGAGGCAGUAUCUGGUCAAAGCCAUUUUGGAUAGACCAGGCAGGCGUGCCGCACCAAUCAAUGCUGUCUCCCCCACAGCGGCUCCAUGGCUUCUUCCAGCCCCGGCAGCUAUCCCUGUUGCUGAUACACCGGAUAAACAGCUACUCCCAGCUCCGGCGACCACCGCCGUGUAUCCACCAAGUACCCCUAACAUUCUGCAGAGUGCGCCACCUCAACCAGAAGCUUUGUCCAUUGAUGGUGGAACUUCAUCGGUAAACCAGAUUUCCGCCUCUAAAUUGUUUAUAAUUCGUUUCAAGUUUCGGCAACUGCACAGACAUAUUUCCUCGCUUCAUGCACAGACACCUGCUCUAGCAGAUGACCCAGACAAUACACCCCUAAAGGAUCUUCUUACCAAGUAA